AUGGUCGCCUCAACACCAUCAUCGAAUCAUGUCGCCUUGUCGGCGAACGUCAUCUGCGGCGUCGCCAUUUUCAGCACGCUCAUCUACGUCGGCGUUCUCUACAACACCAUCAACAACUUGUAUGAUGAUGUGUUUGAGGAUAUGGCCGAGUUCAAGCAUUUCGCCAAUGAUGCUUGGAACUCGAUGGUCCUUAUCAAUCGUCCGCAGCUCGGCGGCGCUCGUCCAAACUUUGACAGCUUGUUCGGAAGAAACAAGCGCUCGGGUGAUAGUUGCAAUUGCGGACCACAGCCGUCGAAUUGUCCGCCGGGACCACCGGGACCGCCGGGAGCGCCGGGCGAUGAUGGAGACGAUGGCGCGCCGGGACAGGCGGGACCGAAUGGCGAGGAUGGCGUUGCCAACGUGAAGCCGUAUGAGAGCCCCGAUUGCAUCGCGUGCCCGGCUGGCGAGCCGGGACCAAAGGGACCCGAUGGGCCGGCGGGACCAGCAGGAGCUGACGGGCAGCCAGGACAGCCGGGAGCUCCGGGCAACGAUGGGCAGCCGGGCGCGGCGGGACCACAAGGCGACGCGGGAGCGCCGGGAGCCCCAGGAAGCGACGGACAGCCUGGCGCCGCCGGACAGAACGGAAAGCGAGGACGUGGAGCGCCGGGAGCGCCAGGACCACAGGGACCCGCCGGAGCGCCCGGACAACCGGGACAGCGCGGAAACGACGGCGCGCCGGGACAGCAGGGACCAGCGGGACCCGCCGGCGCCGACGGACAACCGGGACAGUCGGGCGCCGAUGGUGAGCCGGGAGCCGAUGGUGGCAACGGCGAGCCGGGAGCCGACGCCGCCUAUUGCCCGUGCCCGCCGCGCACCGGCGCCGUCGAGGUGCCGCCGGCGAGCAGCCAAUACGGACGCAGACGCGUUUUCUCCAACUAA